CCUAUUGUCUACCUCCGAGCAGGGGGAGGUGCUGAGAAUACCCAGCAGUCUGCCACAGGCCUGUGAUUCCCAGUGCUAAACACACACACACACACACACACGCUCUCGCACUGGGCCUUCCUUGCACGCUUUUGUUCAGUGACAGCUGCCUGCCUCCAGAACAAAAGGUUUGCUCCCCUCUGAAGGCUUCGUCAAGACCAGGCCUUUCACAUUACACCCAACACUGCCGGCCAAUAAAGAAGUGAGACAUUAAAAGUGCUGGGUUUCUCUCUCACUUCAUCAAGCUUUGUGUGUCUGCCAUCUCCAACUACACCUUCUGCUGAGGCUGUUCGUCAAAGUCCUUCAAGUUAUACUCGCCGAAGGAGCCUCCUAACGGCAACGCCUUCCCCCCCUACCACCCAGGCAGCAUGCUGGAUCGCGAUGUUGGUCCGACACCUAUGUACCCUCCGACAUACUUGGAGCCCGGUAUUGGGAGGCACACUCCUUAUAUGAACCAGACAGACUACAGGAUAUUCGAGCUCAACAAGCGAUUACAGAACUGGACAGAGGAAUGUGACAACCUCUGGUGGGAUGCCUUCACCACAGAGUUCUUUGAGGACGACGCCAUGUUAACUGUCACUUUCUGUUUGGAGGAUGGACCGAAGCGAUACACUAUCGGUCGCACUUUGAUUCCUCGCUAUUUCCGCAGUAUCUUCGAGGGAGGAGCCACGGACCUGUACUACGUCCUCAAACACCCGAAGGAAUCAUUUCACAAUAACUUUGUGUCGCUGGAUUGUGACCAGUGCACAAUGGUCACACAGCACGGGAAGCCCAUGUUCACUAAGGUGUGUGUGGAGGGCCGGCUGUACCUGGAAUUCAUGUUCGAUGAUAUGAUGAGGAUCAAGACUUGGCAUUUCAACAUCCGUCAGCACCGAGAGCUGAUUCCACGCAGUAUCUUAGCCAUGAACACCCAGGACCCACAGAUGCUGGAUCAGUUAUCGAAGAACAUCACGAGAUGUGGCCUGUCCAACUCCACCCUCAACUACCUCCGACUGUGUGUUAUUUUAGAACCAAUGCAGGAGCUGAUGUCCAGGCAUAAAACCUACAGUCUAAGCCCCAGGGACUGCCUCAAGACAUGUCUGUUUCAAAAGUGGCAGAGAAUGGUAGCACCUCCAGCGGAACCAGCCAGACAGGCGCCAAGCAAACGCCGGAAAAGAAAAAUGUCCGGCGGCAGCACCAUCAGCAGUGGUGGCAACUCCAACACCAACAGCAACAGCAAGAAGAAGAGCCCAGCCAGCAGCUUCGCCCUCUCCAGUCAGGUACCUGAUGUGAUGGUGGUGGGGGAGCCCACUCUGAUGGGAGGUGAGUUUGGUGACGAGGAUGAGCGCCUGAUCACGCGGUUGGAGAACACUCAAUACGACGCGACCAAUGGCAUCGAUGACGAGGACAGCUUCAACAACUCGCCCGCCCUGGGGGCCAACAGCCCCUGGAACAGCAAACCCCCGUCAAGCCAAGAGAGCAAGUCAGAGAAUCCCACCUCACAGGCUUCCCAAUAAAGACCCCACACACAGAGAGGCGUGUGCUAGACAGCAUCUACCUGUCCUGUCAAUGUAAACGCAGCCGAGGUACCAGGUGUGUGAAGCCCCAUCCCCCCAAACCGCAAGCCGUGUGUGAGGCCGUGUCACUCUCACCUUCUGAAGAAGUCGUUUCAAGGCUAAACUAGGCCUGAGGGCGGCAAAGAUCUUUUCCAAAUCCCGCACAUUUCUCCCCUCACCUAAAGCUGCUCGUUCACCUUGUUCCCUCCAUCGCUCUCUGUGGCCCCUGCGCUCUCUGUGGGGGGGUGGGGGGCUGCUGCCUGCAGACAGUCUGUGUCUGGCCUGACACCAGCUUCAAUGUACCUGGUGACCCCAGGGAGAGUCUGGGUCAGGGCUAGGGGUUCCCCUGCUCACUGCUCGGGGACCACCCGUGGGAGGGUGUGUGUGUGUGUGAGAGAGAGGACAGGAUCAUUUGUGACCAUCAAUUUUGCUCAAUGCACAGCCCAGCCCACCCAGCCUCUACCUGUCCAGCUCGUGCCCUGCCUACCCUACCCUACAUGCCCAGCCUUUGCCAACACUCACUGUCAGGGUGCCACGUGUACAGUGGUCACUUGGAGAAGUCAGUUGGUCUCUCCUUGGAGAAGCGGGAGGAAUGGAAAGUAAUGGAGGAGAUGAGGCGUCACUACCUUCUGUACAUAAUACAGCAAUUGUAGGUGUGCCAAGGGACGCAUGGGUGGGGUAGCGAGUGGUUCCCCCACAUUGUGGCAAGUACAAUGUAUGGAUUCCAUAGAACCUUGUGACCUCCCCAGAUAAAUAGAGCACACGGCAGAGUCAGCAGUCUGCCUCCCAAGUGGGGGUAAUGAAGGUAGGGCUCACGUUUCUGAGAGAGGGUGAUUGAUUGGGUGAAAUAACUUGCCCACACAAUGUAAAAUGCAAGCAAGCGAUCCUUCCUACUGCCCCACUGAAUUCAAAUCCACAUCUAGCAUGCUUCAAACAUAAUUGAUCCAAUUUUGUGCCAUUUUAGUGAGCUCAGGAGGGGUUUUAAAGGUGUGUAAAGCAGACAAUCCACAGUUGCUGUCACAGUGCUGACGGCAAGGCCACUGAAACUUCACUCCGGCUUCUUAAAUGUUAUGUAUAUUCUUUAAUUUUUUUAAAAAAAGUAGUUAUUUUGUCGUCAGAAGAUUUGAUGGAGUGAGCAUGGUCUGCCACUUCUUUAGCCCCUGGUACCUCUGAAACCAAGAGAGACAGACAAAAUCCCAGCUGCUUGACACGAUUUUCUACUUGGCUGUAAAUCUUGUAGAGACAGCAAGAAUAUAAAAUGCACAUUGUCUUGUUUUAUACAGCAAAGAAAUCUGAAAAAAAACUUUUGAAAAAAUUGAUAGAAGGAAUGCGAAAGCCCUUUCCUCUCGGGAUUGUUUGUAAUGUUUUUAAAUGUUGAACUCGUGUGGGGGGAAUUGGGGUUUUUUGUUUGUUUUUAAGCCUCUUGAUCCAUGCAUUUCUGCUUGUAUAUUACACGCUAGUACUUGCAUUCUGUAUUGCUGUCAUUAAAUGUAUUGUAAAACCAA